AUGCCCAUUGUGCCAAAACACCGCUGGUUAAUGCAGGUUUAUGCACAAGAUGUCCUGAGCAGAUUAGGAGAGGUAAAGGCUUCCAUCACAUCCCUGUCUGGGCAGGUACUGAAACUGGACUCAACAAAAAAGAUUGUGAGGAAACUAGCUGGUUCUGCUCGUUCUACUGCUGCCUGGGCUACAAAUGUUGGCAAUGAGUUUGGACAAGUCAUCAUGUCUGUGCUCACAGCGAGUGAGGGCUGGGGACUUGCAAAAAUGGCAGAGGGCCUUGUAAAUCGAUACAAACAGGCCAACAUUGCUCCCCCACGAGUACUUUACACAGAUCGAGACUGCUGUAAAAACUCCCACUUGCACAAGAUCUUUGGUGGUUGGCCAAACCUGUGCAUCCGCCUGGAUGUGUGGCAUUUCAUGCGGAGGAUUGCUGUUGGAUGUACCACAGACUCACAUCCACUGUACAGUGGCUUCAUGGCUCAGCUGAGCCGCUGCAUAUUUGUGUGGGACCAGAGUGAUCUUCAGCGGCUCAUUGAGGCCAUGCGUGCUGAGCUUGAGGCCUGUCAUUUACAUCCAUCUGAUGAUGACGUGAGGAAGAGCAUCACAAAGAAAGAGAUGCAACUUCAUUGCAAGAGAGCUGUGCGGCCAGCUGCAGAGAUGGAGGUCAUGUUGGGACAGUUACUUGCAGCCUAUGAUGGAGGUCGUGGCUGCAACUCUCUGGGUGUGCCACUGAUAAACUCUGCCAGAAUGAAAGAGAUCUGGAAAGCACAACGCCGCCACAUUCCCUGCCUCCAGGACCCACCAGGCUUCCAGCUUUACACCCAGACUGGCACAGUCACCAAGGCUGGCCAUGUUCUUCCCACAUAUCGUUGUGCUCGUGGUUCUACAUCACUGGAGAACUUCCACUUACACAUGAAUCGCUUCAUCCCAGGUGCUUUGCAGGUGGGAAAAGUCCAGCACAAUGGCCAGACUGCAACAGAGUCUGUGAAGGCCUUUUUGUCCGGCUCUGUUGUGAAUACAAAGGAGCACGUCGUAUUAAGGGAGUGA